GAUCUCCAGACAUGGGUGAAUGGUGCUAGUGAAAAUGGCUUUGUCCUUGUCUCCUUUGGAGCUGGAGUGAAAUACCUGUCUGAAGAUAUAGCAAAUAAGUUGGCACAUGCUCUGGCAAGACUGCCUCAGAGAGUUAUUUGGAGGUUUUCAGGAAACAAACCAAGGAAUUUAGGCAACAAUACGAAGCUUAUAGAAUGGUUACCACAAAAUGACCUCCUUGGUCACUCUAACAUUAAAGCUUUUCUUAGUCAUGGAGGUUUGAACAGCAUUUUUGAAACCAUGUACCAUGGCGUCCCGGUGGUGGGGAUUCCACUUUUUGGAGACCAUUAUGAUACUAUGACUCGUGUGCAGGCUAAAGGCAUGGGAAUAUUGUUGAACUGGAAGACUGUCACUGAGAAUGAAUUAUAUGAAGCCCUAGUAAAAGUUAUUAAUGAUCCCAGCUACCGACAGCGGGCCCAGAGGCUGUCUGAGAUUCACAAAGACCAACCUGGUCAUCCUGUUAACCGGACUAUAUACUGGAUUAAUUACAUCCUCCGUCACAACGGAGCCCAACAUCUACGUGCCGCUGUUUACAGCAUCUCUUUCUAUCAGUAUUUCUUACUGGAUAUUGCCUUUGUUGUACUAGUGGGUGCUGCCUUACUUUAUUACAUUUUGGCCAGGAUAACAAAAUUUAUCUGCAAACAAAGCAAACAUCUUUGGUCAAAUGGUGAACAUAGUGCUGUUAAUGGACAUUACCAAAAUGGGAUACCAAAUGGCAAGUAUAGAAGAAAUGGCCACAUUAGGCAUGAAAAAAAGGUGAAAUGAGCCAACUGCCCCAUGUAAAGUAGUAAUGAAUCAGAUCAGUAAUCGAAUUUUAUCGCUGUAACUUAGUCUAACAACUACUUAAAACCUCAGUAAGCAGUUCUAACACUCCCCUUCGGUAUGUAACUAAGAAAAGGCUUUAAAAAGAACAACAAAGGCAAGCACAACUUAAAAUGGAAAAUACUUUAUUCUUAAUACUGAUGCAGAGAGGUUAUUUUGGCACUGAAGUUUUUAGAAGCCUUAAUUCUCUAAAGUUAUACAAUAAUUGUAUUUAUGAAUUUUCAGUUUUUAAAAGCUAAAUGUGUGUGUCCCAAAUGAGGAGAGGUUUCUUUUUAUUUGCAGAGAUGUUUUCCUUGUAUUUUUUUUUUAUUAUUCUAAGAUAUCCAUCUUUUAAUUGAGAGAACUCUAGUGCUAGUUCUGUGUUUCCUUUGUUGAAGGUUCAACAUGUUGUUUAAGAAUGCUGUUUAAAAACCUCCUUUUUUCCCAGUCUUUGUGCAAGAAAUAGCAAGUUCCGGACUGAAAACACAGACAUUAAAGAAAAAACAA